GUUAAAGCGAUGCUUCCAAUCAUUGGCGCAGCCUCCUCUCCGCAACCUCCCAGGAGUUUGCGACGCCUGGUUUGCGACAGCGGUACCGGUGGACGUGUGGGGGAGGCCGCGGUGAGGGGGGUAUCGGUUGGGCUUGACUCUCCCUCCGCCUGGGCGGUACGGUGGUGUCCGGUCAGCAUGUGAGGCCUAGCGAGGGGAAACGGUGUCGUGGCAGUCGGGUGGGAUGAGCGAGGACUGAGCUGUGAGGACGGACGUCGAGAGAGGGCGGCCCGGGCACGAUGACCGUCUUCAGGCUGACGACCCAGGCCUACUGCAAGAUGCUGCUGCACGCCGCCAAGUACCCGCACUGCGCCGUCAACGGCAUCCUGGUGGCCGAAAGGCACAAGAGGAAGGACGGCCAGCCCGUGCUCUUCGUGGACUGCGUGCCCUUCUUCCACGGCACCCUGGCCCUCGCACCCAUGCUGGAGGUGGCUCUCACUCUGGUGGACUCUUGGUGUAAAGAAAAUAACUAUGUAAUAGCAGGAUACUACCAGGCAAAUGAACGCAUGAAGGACACCAGUCCAAACCAAGUUGCUGAAAAGGUUGCUUCUCGAAUUGCUGAAAGCUUCAGUGAUGCAGCUCUUAUUAUGGUUGAUAAUCAUAAAUUUACAAUGGACUGUGAAGAACAAUCAAUUGUAGUAUAUGAACACCAUGAAAACAAAUGGCGAUGCAAAGACCCAAAUACAGAUUUCUGUGAAGAUUGGUCAGAGGUGCAGCGAAUCACAACUUGUCUACUGGAUGGUAAAUCCUAUGACUCCUUGGUGGAUUUUGAUAACCACAUGGAUGAUCUCAGGAAUGACUGGACAAACCCAGAGAUCAACAAAGCUGUCCUCCAUUUCUGCUGAUGCACCUUUUAUGUGAAUAUUCUGGGGCAUUCUCUUGAUAAACGGAAACCUACAGCUGCCUUUGGCUGUAAUGAGUUUCCCUUUUGAAUGUGAAGUCUGAGCGGUAAAAUGAAAGUCAAAACAUUGAGCACUCCAGUUUGCUGUGCCAAGAUAUGAAGUGUUUCAAGUCUCCUGAUAAUUGAGCCAAGGGUCUCUUUGGUUUUCUCAGGAAAAUAGGAUUUGAAAUCAAAUUACCCACUUUUUUUUUUGUUAAAUCAGAUUUUGGAUAUUUCUAAAGAUGUGAAUUAUGUGUGUGAUUUUGAAGGUAUACAAUCAGAUGUUACACCCUUGGAAUAACUUGUUUCAAACAAUUAUUUGAUUAAAUCAAUUUAAACAGCUCCAAACAAUAGCCACAGUUGAUCUUUUUACUCCAGUUGCUAAUGCAGUUCACCUCCAAUUUUUAGGCAAUUGGUCUUGUUAAUUUACACACAGGUUGGUGAGCAAACUUCGAGUUGAGGAAGAGUUUUUUGAGGCUUGGGGUUUGGACAAACCAAAGUGACUACAUUUCAAAGAUAUUUCAUUUUGGCUGGCCUGAGUUUCUGAAAGAAAGGUGCUGCAUAAGUUGUUCAUAUUAAUAGCAUUCUGAGGAAUCUAAUUUGAAACUGAUGUUCUAUGUAUAACCGCAUUCUAGUUGGAAAGCAAUUUUUUAAAUUGUAUUCAGGCAUUACAUUGGUAUUCUUGAGCAUCUGAAUCUUGAUCCUUGUAGUCUGUGUAACCUAUCGAAUGUUUUAAAGGAGUAGAUGAAAUGAUUUGUCAUGAAAUGCUCAUAACUUUUUUUCAGGAUUAAUUAUUGUAAUAGUUCCAUCCACCUUGGAUUUGUUUUUAUAUUACAUCCAAGCUUUGUUUAUAAACUGAUCUUCAAAUUGCAAAUCUGUGAGCAAGCUAGUGUCUAAACUUUUUUUUAUAAACUAAUCUAAUUGUACAGUAUAUUCUGGUUUGAAGAGCUUACUUUGGGAUCUGGGAUCUGCAAAUAAUUUGGCAUGUUUUUAUCUUUAAUCUAUUUUGGCUACUGUGCACAAAGUUGUCUUUCAACAGUUAUUUCCAAGUAAAAACUGCAAAAUAAUUCAAAAGCUAAGUUAUUGCAUUGGAAGAAACUUGAAUUUCAAGAAACUUGAAUUUCUGUUUUGGCAAUGAAGUAAUUGCUUUUCUCAUGAUUAUAACUGGUUGGUUAAGGAUGUUAAAAUAUUUUUGCCAACUAUUCUAGUUCUAAAGUUGACCUGUCAUGGUUCAGUAAGUCCUAUACUACUAUAUUCUUUACAAUUCAGCAGUUUCUGAACAAUAAAAAAUCUCCAUUGCAUUGUUUUGAAUGUAUAUUCUGCAACUAAGCCAUAGAUUAAAGAAGGCUGGAAAUUCUCAGCUUGUCAGAUGGUAUCUGUGGCAGGAGAAACAGUUAACAUUUUUGUGUAAGAUCUUUGUCAUGAAGGUCUUUAGCUUGAUAUAUUAACUUUUUCUUUUCACAGAUGCCUUCUGAUCUGUUUCUAACACUUUAAGGUUUCCACCACAUUUUCUUAAUUCGUUCAAGCUACUAGCUUGAGUAGUCAAACUUUUUUAUUUUGUGCUUAACUGUGUACCAACAAGCAUGUUUUUGUGCUCAGACUUGAAGGUGAGAUUUUUCUAUUGAGAAGAAAUGGAAAUCUACUUGUAAUGGUCAAUACUAGCAAUUUCCUAGCAAAUCAGAUUUGAUUUUUUUUAAAAAUUCAGUUAUGCUGCACCCUUGUUUCCUAAAGUACGUUCCAAGUGGAACUGCAGUCUGCUUGGUCUGUUAACGUAAUGGGUUUUGCUCUACAAAAGAGCUACUUUGCUUGUUACUGAGUUUUGGUUCAACAUGAUGGGAAGUCUUUCAUGCAUGUUUAUGGAGCAUGAGCCAGAGAAACUGGUCACAUCUCAUCUAUCUUCUGCUGAAGGAGGCAAUUGUCACUCAUUCCCCCUAGAUAAUUCUUCCUCGUUCUUAAAGCAGUUGUUAGAAGAUUUUAUUUGAAGUUGGGUCACAGAUCAGCUGUGAUCUCAUUGGAAUGAUGGUUUGAGGGUCUAAGUAGCCUGCGUCGAUUCCUUUUGAAGUUUUCAUGCUUUGGACUUUGUUCUAACAAACCACUUGAAAAUCUACUAUUUACAAAAAAAAAGUCAUUUAAAUGUAAACAUUACUCUUUCAAACUCAAAGGAAUACUUUUAUUCUUUAUAACAAAGGCCUCAGGUUUAGGUGGGAUGAUGGUGGGAGACAAACUGCCAUAACAUUUUUGAAACUAUUUUCAAUAACUUCUGCCUCUUAACAGACAAAAUGAUUACUGUACUCAUUUAAAGCUGAAGCCCAUUAUGUAAAGUGGCAGUGUGGACUGAGAACUGGUAACAUGAAAGACAAAUUGUAGGUUGAAGUAGUUAAGAGAAAAUUCUUAAUAGCUUAAGAGUACAAAGCCGAAACAGCAAGAGGAAUGUUUAUGGUUCGAAUCAAUGUUUUGAUACUGACUCAAAGCAUUUAUCCUUCUUCCUUUUCAGAUCCUGACUGACCUGUUUCUAGAAUUUUAUGUAUUUAUUUCACAAUUCCAGUUGAUUUUCAUCUCUACUAAUAAAAUAUUGAAAACUA